GCAGACAUCACCAGGCCGUUGCCAGGAGAAGACAAGAGAAACGCAAUGCAUGCUGCAUCUUGCACUGAACUGUCAUGACGAGUAACGCUCCUGCAACGAGCACGAAGCCAGCACGACCCAGGUCUCCCCACUUCCCUCCUCACAACGCUCCUCGUGUCUGGUUCAUCACAAGAGGAGUUUCGCCCAUUGCCAUAGCAUUAGCGAAGCAAGUGCUCGAGCAUGGUGAUUAUGUCGUGGCAGGUGUAAUCCCCACCGAGUUCGAGAAGAGUGAGAGUCAAAUCGAUGAUUUCAAAGCCUUCCUCGAGGAAGUAAAGAGCACGGAGAGAUGGCGAGAGCGUCUAAGAGUCGUUGGUUUGGACGCCAGAGUUAUCGGACAGUGUCAAGCCGCUGUGGCCGAAGCUGUCGAGGCAUUUGGACGUAUCGAUGUCUUACUUUGCGCGGCUAGUGAAGCCGUCAUUGGGACUGUUGAAGAACUUGCACAAAGUAGUCGCACUAUCAGCCUGGUGGACGAGAUCUUCGAGAUCAAUUUCUUUGCCAACGUGAAUAUCAUCAAAGCCAUAUUACCUGCGAUGAGAGAAAGGAAGAACGGCCAUAUGAUCGUAAUCACAGGAAUUACUGGUCACCUCGGAACCCCUGGGCUCGGCAUGUAUUGCUCAUCGCAAUGGGCCAUUGAAGGCUACUGUGAUAGCCUGGCCUAUGAAAUUGCACCAUUCAACGUAAAGAUGUCCAUCGUUCAGGCCAAUAUGGAAGUCAACGUGCUCACGAACCGCAUCACGUCAGUUCCGCCCAUGCCAGAGUAUCUCUCAGAGGAAAAUCCAGCACCGCUCGCUCGAGAGAUCUUCUCUGGUCUGCUCGAUAGACUCGAUUGUAUUGAAAAUCCUCGCGCCGCUGAAGAUGCGACAUCACCUUCUUACAGUACUUCCACGAUGAGUCCCGAUGGUACUAUGGCCGAAUCUACUAUAGGAGACCUACUGAACGCGGACACAAUCACUUCGCUUUAUGCGCCAUUGCCUUCUUCAAUAAAAGGUUCGCUGAUUGCAGAAACGGUUCAUGCGCUCACCGCUAUCGGCGGACACGACAAUCCUCCGGCGCGGCACAUUGUCGGGUCCGAAGGCGUGACUGCAGUGAAAGAGAAGCUGAUGACUACGAGUGAAGAACUCGAAGACUUUAUUGAAGUCAGUAAUGCUGUUGAUAUUGCGAAAGAUUACCAAUCGGCGGAGCCCUCUGCGUUCGAUUGAGUGCGACCGAAAGCGCAGUCUUCUGGACACGAGGUUUACUCCAGUACAAACCAUGGCCAUGCAGAAAAAGUCGAUUUUUUUCAGCAGUUGCGGAGCUUGCCAAGGAGUCACAGGCCGCGAGUGAGCUUGCAUUUCAACACAGUCUAUGUGUCGAUAUGCGCUCACACCUAAGCUCCUCUACCCAAUGAAAUGCACGACGCUCGCAUCGACCGUAUGUAUCUUCUUGGACAUUCAAUAGAAAGGCCUUUUGAA